AGAAAGGGUAAACGUUAGACUUCAGUUGCACAGGAAUCUAAAUUCAGGUGGUCAUUUCAAACCAACCUUCAACAACUGAAACUAUUCACAUCAUAUAUGUGAUUAACCAUGGACCAACAUAAGUAUGUGAAUGUAACAACAGAAACUGAUUCUUCAGAGAAAAGUGAAAGUAGAUGCUGCAAUAGAUUAAAGAUAUUCUUUGCAGCUCUGUCAUUUAGCUAUGUCUGCAAGGCUUUCGGUGGCUCCAUUAUGAAAACUUCCAUCACCCAAAUAGAAAGGAGAUUUGAGAUACCAUCUUCUGUUGUUGGUUUCAUUGACGGAGGCUUUGAAAUUGGAAGUUUGUUUGUGAUCGUGUUUGUAAGUUACUUUGGAUCUAAACUACAUAGACCGAAGCUAAUUGGAUUAGGUUGUGUUGUAAUGGGAGCUGGUAGUAUUUUGACUGCUUUACCUCAUUUCUUCAUGGGACGGUACAGGUAUUCAACAGAAACCCAUGUUAAUAAUACUUCAGAGAAUUCACUAUCCACUUGUUUUAUUAAUCAAACUACAUCAGUCAGUGAAACAUCCGAAACAGUGAGCAAAGGCUGUGAGAAGGAAUCUGAGUCCUACAUGUGGAUCUAUGUCCUGAUGGGUAACAUACUACGUGGAAUAGGGGAAACCCCUAUAACACCACUAGGAAUUUCUUAUAUUGAUGACUUUGCAGAAGAAGGACAGUCCUCUCUAUACAUAGGUUUUGUGAAUUCAUCGGGAAUUGUUGGUUUAGUCAUAGGCACGAUAAUGGGGUCUCUGUUUGCUAAAAUGUAUGUGGACAUCGGCUAUGUAGAUCUGAGCAGCAUCAAAAUAACUCCCCAAGAUGCCCGUUGGGUUGGUGUUUGGUGGCUUGGUUUCCUUAUGUCUGGACUGCUGUCCAUUAUUUCUUCCAUACCAUUCUUUUUCCUACCUCGGAGUCCAGAUGAACCACAGAAACCAAGAAGCAACAUUUCAACAUCUUUGCGGGGACUCAAGACAGACAAACAAAACAAUCAACCAGCUAACUUGACCGAUCAAGGUCAAGGUAUUUCUAUGACUGAUUUUUUAAGUUCUAUGAAAUAUCUUCUUACCAAUCGCCUUUAUAUUUUGUAUGUAAUCUUGACAUUGAUAAUGACCAGCCAUUUAGUUGGUACAAUUACCUAUGUGUUUAAAAACCUAGAACAACAGUAUGGUGUGACAGCAUCUGAGGCUAACUUUUAUAUGGGAGUCAUAGUCUUACCUACUGUGGCGAUUGGAAUAUUUCUAGGAGGAUAUCUUGUUAAAAAACUGAAAUUAUCCAUAGUUGGAAUUGGCAAAUUCGCAAUAUUUACUUCAUCCAUGAGCUUAUUUAUCCACGGAGUAUAUUUUCCUAUUUUAUGUGAAAGCAAAUCGGUUGCUGGCUUAACUUUGACCUAUGAUGGACUUAAUCCAGUGACAUCUCAUGCAAAUGUACCACUGUCUCUUUGCAACUCUGACUGCAACUGUGAUGAACAUCAGUGGGAACCAGUCUGUGGUAGCAAUGGAAUAACUUACUUGUCACCUUGUCUGGCUGGAUGCAAAGUUAGAGGUGGUGAUGAAAAUCCUAAUGUGUACUAUAACUGUAGCUGUAUCAAAGUAUCGAGUUUCCUCAAUACAAAUUUUUCGGCUCACUUGGGUGAAUGCCCAAGAGAUGAUGGUUGCAAAAAAAAAUUGUACUUUCAUAUAAGUGUGCAAGUUUUGCUUAAUAUUUUUGUAUCACUGGGAGCCACUCCUUUUGUCUUGCUUCUUGUGAGAACGAUUCGACCUGAUUUGAAGUCUCUUGCAGUGGGUUUCAAUUCACUGACUUCACGAACAUUAGGAGGAAUGUUAGCUCCAAUAUAUUUUGGGGCUGUUAUUGAUACAACGUGUUUAAAAUGGUCUACCACCAUCUGUGGAACACGAGGGGCCUGUAGGAUGUAUGAUUCUGCAUUAUUAGGAUAUUCCUUUGUGGGCAUGACUAUGGCCUUAAAAUUUGUAGGAGUUAUUGUAUGCAUUAUAUUUUUUCAACUCUUGAGGAAAAAAUGUGAAGGACAAAAUACCAAGGCAUUCAAUAAUGAAGGAAAAAUCACAGAUGAAGCAAACCUCGAAUCAUCAAAUGACUAUUCUGUACCUUCUACAACACUCAAAGAAACACAUAUGUAAUGGAAGAAAAAGUACUUCUCUUGCUGUUUCCAAAAACAGUACAUGGAAAUGCUAGAGUGCUAUUUUUUAGUUCCUAAUGACUUCACUGAUAAUUUCCAUGAAAUACAAUGAUAAAACAAUGAAUAAAUUUUCCAGAAGGAAAUAAUAAAGACAAAUGAAUGUGAAUAGUUAUUGGUAGAGCAUUGCUAUGCACUUGAAUAAUGUUGGAAUAUAUGAUGUAUGUAAAUUUGAAAUGAGCAGCUUGGCUAAUGUAUAUUAGAAGAAAAAAAUGUUUCCUCGGUUAAUUGUAACUCUUCCUAAGAUUGGUGAGUUGAAAAUAAAUAAAGGUGAAAAAGAGAGAAAUCUGAAGUCUAAAACAGCAAAAGUCUAUUGUUUUAGCAACGUAACAGUGGGUAAUGUUACUAUAGUCUGAAGUCUAACCUGAUGGAUGAUGCAUGCAAUCUUGACCUGUAUUAUUGAUGUAAAUCAUAUAUUUCACAGACCUCAUUAAUGAGAGUCUGAAAUUAUGUUUGGCUAUUGACCAAAGUGCAUUUUCCUCCAAAAACAUACUGAUGAAGAAACUAAAAUAUUAAAAUAAUUACAACCUCUGAAUGUAAGAAAACAUAUUAAAGAACAUAAAUUUCUAGCACAGCAAUGGAAAUGGAUGAAGGAAAACUAACCUUAGAAAGCAAAUAUUAUUUAAGGAGUAUGUUUUCCUUUUACCUGUCCGUUCUCUGGCAAAAGUGGUCUAUGCCAGAAAAAAUAUAAGCUAUCAUCAUUUUCUAAUUCUAUUUUCUUGUUCUUUUGUUUUUGUUUAAAAUGUAUCACUUUUACAUUUCUUUUAGCAGAAUUAGAAGUAAUGUGAAUAAGAAUAUAUGUUUGAAUAUUGUAUUUUCCAGUGGAAUUGACUCAGUGUAAUGGAUGCUGCUAGUUGUAUGUCUCUUCUUUCUCAUUGUUUGCCAAGUUUUUGUGCCGUGUUUACAGGAGGAUCACCUGUGAAAAAAAAUAUAUGUAAUGACAGAGACACUCCAGCACUUUUGAUUUAAAACUUCUAUGAUGCAUUCUUUACAUAACAUAUAAAAGAAUUGUUUAUCCUGAUAGGAGCCCUUCAUAGAUGACAAAGAAUAGGUCAAAAUGUAUCUGAAUAAUUCAAAGACAUGAAUGCUUGCCUAAUGUUAACAAUUCUUUUGAUAUUUAUGCAUAAUAACGUAUUUUGAGGGUGUAGAUCUAAAACCAUAAAUACAAUAGAGAAAUGUACAUGGAAAGUUUUUAAGAAUUAAACUAAGUAUACAAUUAAAAUGUACUUUGAAAAAGAUAAAAAUCAGAAAAUGUUGAAAAUAUCAAAUCACUGCUGGCAUUAAACUUAAAUUCCAAAUUUUAAAUUCAAAAAUUAUAAAGAGGGAAUUUGUGAAAAAAGAACUUACAGGGAAACCUAAAGUGCUAACCUAAGAAAUAUUAAAUUCCUUAGAAACUGGAAAUGGAAAACAAACUUUAGUCAAAGACAGUGGAGGAGAAGGAAUGGCUUCCUCCCAUGCAUACAGAUGAGUAUAUUGGCUGGAGUGUCUGUUUGUACCCCGACACUGCUCCUCCAAAUGUUUUGUGCCAGGGACUUGUUACUAUGCAUCUUAUUCUUCCUGAAAUAACCUUUUUUUCUCUAUUUAACCACUUUUCAGUGUUCUAUCACCUUUCUGUAUCAUCGCCUGUAAAAUUUUAUUAUACCCAUAAAUAUAUGUAGUAUAGUCAAGCUACAAUUUUACUCUUAUUUGUAACUAUUGGUUAACUCAAAGCUCUCUCACAAAUCAUAAGGUCCAUAAAAAUAGAAGUUAAACUCAUUUAACCACAUUGGAAAUACAUAGUAUAAAUAGGAUGUAUUGGAAAAGAGAAAGAGACAGAGAGAAAGAGAGCGAGAAACAGAGAGAGAGGAGAGAGAGAGAGAGAGAGAGAGACAGAAAGACAGACAGCGACAGAAUGAGACAUACACAGAGUUGCAGAGACAGAGAGAAGUAAGAGUUUAUUAUAUAAAGGAAUUCAUCAUUCAAGUGCUUAUAAAAGCUGUAGGCCAUCCGCAAGCUUGAUACUAGGGAGGCCAGUGACAUGGAUGAACCUAUACUCAAGUCCUGAAAACCCAGAAAAACAAGUGGUGUACUUCUCAUUUGAAACAUUAGGCCUGAGAAUGCUGGAAGAGACCUCUGAUACUGAUCCCAGAGUCAUGUUCCAGGGCAGGAAAAGUGGGAUAUACUGUCUACAGGAAAAAAAGAAAAUUUGCUUUUCUCCCUUUGUUUGUUUCAUUUGGACCCCAGACAAUUAGUUGGUACCUGUUCACAUUAGGAGGAUCUUCCCACUCAUUCUUCCUCAGACUUCUUAUGUCAGUGUCAUCUGGAAGCAUCCUCACACACAUACCCAGAAAUGAGCAAAUUCUACUCUUCUAGUCAAGUUGAUAAAAUUAACUCCUGCAUCCAUGUAUUUAAUUCCUAUCACCUAGCUUGCUGUACAAUCCAAAGGAGCUACCUUAUUUAUAAAUUUGAAAGAAUCAAUGAAGGCAUGGAUAAAGUUUCCAAAUUACUAGUCUUAUGAAAUAUGAAUUCUACAGAUAAGAACUUUGAGUAUUGUGUAAAAGUUAAAAUAGCUACAAUAAAGCCAAGGGAUGUAAGACAUUAUUUCAGUUGCUUGGUAAAUGUCUUUAUUGUAAAAGAAAAGCAAGAUUUAAAUUGUAGAAACAGAAAUAUUUUCUGAUGCACAUCUAUGUAUCAAAUACAAGGGAGAAAAAACAUUUAGAAAAUAGAAUCUUUCCCUGAUGGUCUAGUUAUAAAUGAAGUGGAGAAUUAUAUACGUAUCAUUAUUGUGUGAUGUAUAGUGACUAUUAUCACAGAAUAAAACUGUUGAUCAUUUAGAGAGAUCAUGGUAAUCUGCUUCAUAUUAAACAUGUGUAUCCCUGGGGAUUUUACUCAAUAAACAAUUUCUUGUAACAAAACUAUUAAAAGCUAUCUCAGAAUAAUCAGCUGUAAGAGGAAAAUGUUUAGAAAGAAAAAAUGUUUGCCAAUAAAUAGUUUAUUCUAAAACAGAGAAAAUGCAAUCCUUUUCAAAAUACUUGUCUUUUUCUGACAUUUAUUUUUCAAACUACUUCAUGGAGUUUAAAUAAAUUGCAUUGUGUGAGACUUACUAAGAAUCAAUUUAUAUUUUAGCCUAACUACAACCAACCUGAAGUUUUACUUGAAACAACAAUCAACUUGAUAUUUAUUGUGGAUGUUUUGAGGGAAGGAAAUGUACCUAACUCAGUCUUGUUUAAAAAAAACCAAACAUAUAAACAAAAACUACCACUGUGUCAAAAACAGCAUAUAGAUUAGGAUCCAAAGAGAGAAAAAAUAAUUAUCUGGAUAAUUGAGAUCAAAACUGCCAACCUUAUGCAAAUGAUAAAGAAAUUCCUAUCUUUAAUAUUUUUACCUACAUUAUAUGAGGAAAAAAUUUAAAGUAUUUGCAAAUUAGAAUCCAAUGCUCAGAUACAGGAAACAAAAGGUAAUUAAGUGUACAUGUAGACAGCAAUAUAAAUUUUCCUUAAAGAAACGAAUCUAGUUUUCAGAUAGAAUACUUUUAGCAAACGUAGAUAGACUUCAAAGUCAGAAAUUUUUAAUGCAUUACAUAAAAGUUCUAUCAAAAAGGCCAAUAGGAAUUUACCAUGCUCAGUUCAUUUCCAAAGGAUGUUUCACAACUUGCAAGACAAGCUGACAUGUAUGAUAAACAUUUGUCUCCACACAAAGGAUCACGUAUUUUAGUUGUGGAGUCACAAAUUUUAUUGCAGUCAGCAAGGACAUUACCUCCCACAUAUAAAUCUUGUUGAAUUCUGAAAUGAUUUAAAAUAAUACGAUGAAAAUUGAAAGUCUAUUCAAACAUAAAUUUUCCUAUUUUUUAUUGCAACCCCCAAUCCCCCCCUCUGUAUCUAUCUCUCUAUCUCUCUCUCUCUCUUUGUACCAACGACCAAAGUCAUGAUCUUGUGCUUGCCAGGCAAGUGUUUAUGUUCCUGAGCUAAAUUCCUGUCCAGAAUUUCUCUCUUUUCCCAUAAUAGAAAUGUUUCCUAACAAUUACUGUGUAGCCUACCUACACAUUACAGUUGUGGCAUAAAAGCUGUGUACUUCAAGAGCGAUAGAAUUCAUUUAUUUCAGAAAAACUUUUAAUCAAUAAACAAGUAUUAAUAGGUGCUUACCAUGUGGAAAGCAUUUUGCCAGGUAUUAUUAGAAUUGAAAGUUGAAGACCUAAUCUCUGUGGUUGGUCCAUAUGGUAGGAAUGAACAAUAUGGGCUAACUUCAAGAUUGAAACCUGUAAUUUCCAUUUGUAAUGCAGAAAACACAUUUAGUGCCUAAAACCUAGAUGCUUGAUUGAAUAAGUAUGUUAUUCUAGUAAAGAAAGUGUCCACCAUUUGUAAUGACUGAAAGACCUUCAAAAGAAAGUUUAGGCUGAAUUUAAACCCUAACUCUGUGACUUUAUCCCAGUAAAUCUUCUAUAUGUAUGUUCAGAGAUGGGUAAAAUCUUCAAGAUUCAUUUUUGAAAUAUGCAUUUUGUUGGUAUUGUUUGUGGUACUGGAGAUUGAACUUUGCAAUCAUCUACAUAUCCAGGAAGUUUUACAUUUAUACUGUAACUAAAAAGUACUGCCAUACUGUUCUGUAUGUGCUGUCACCCUGGUAACCUGUUUGCUGUGUUAACCUUUGUUUCCUUUAUGAGGGAUAAUUGUUCCUGGAAUCAGUUAACCUUGAGUUAUCUGUAUUCAUCUCGAUAUUUGUCUCCCUUUUGUGGAAGAUAGUUGAUCCUGAAAUUAGUAGGCAAAGUGUUCUAAGUUCUUGUAAAGAAGGAAAUGGCUGACUGCCAACUCUGAAACUUCUCUGUCUUCAAGCAGAGGAGAGCAGAGGUCUUCCUCAUUCUUGUUCCCCCACCCAUCAUUUACAUUGUGAUAAAAGUCUGUCAAAAUUCAACACAGUUGCACAGGUUUGGAAACUCCAACUGCACUAUUUCGCUGGUGCCACCUUAAAUAAAGUGCUCCCUUUUCUUCUAAAAAA